AUGCGAAGCGAUAAUGAUUAUAAAGAAAAGCAAGUGAAUGUAAAGGCAAACAGAUAUUCAACUGAGAAUGAAGAGCAGAGAGCAAGUCUGUGUGAAGUACAAGAUGCUGAAGGUGGCAUUAAGGAAAGAUACAGAAAGCAGAACAGUUCAGAUGAAGAACAAGCACAGGAGGAGGAAGCUUUAUGCAGCAACACAUCUGUUAAGGAAUCUGUUCUUGAGGAGGAGGACUCUGUAGGAGAAACUGAAGAAGAAGAAGAAGAAGAAGAAGGAGGAGGAGAGGAAGAACAGCAGGAAGAAGAUGGAGAAAAGGAAGAUGAGAAUAAAGAAACAUCAGGAAGAAGAAAGGGGUAUGAUAUUGAAUCUGAUCAAGAAGAAAAUUACAAUAACAUUUUGGCAUCGGGUUCAGAUAGAAACAUUCAGGACAGCCUCAGAGAGCUGUAUAAAGAUGACACUGAAGAUGACCUGACUGAGAAAGAUGGAUAUAUAAGGGAUGAUGAUGAUGUUGAUGAUGAUGAUGAUGAUGAUGAUGAUGAUGUGAUAAUAGACAAAGCAUCUUCAUGGUCAUGUCAUCCUGGACACACUAAAUAUCAGGAUGAUGAUGGUGAUGUUGAUAAUGAUGAUGAUGAUGAUGAUGAUGAUGAUGAUGAUGAUUUAAUGGUAGAAAAAGCAGCCUCAUUGGCAUGUCACCCUGAAGACACUAAAAAUCAUGAUGAUGAUGAUGAUGAUGAUGAUGAUGAUGACGAUAUUGAAGGUCUUCUUGCACCACAGUACAACUCUCUGCAACACCAGUCAGAUGAACCAGGAGACAUACUCACAUCACGAGAGGAGCACAUGGCCUCUGCUCAGAUCGCUGUGGGUGUCCUGGUGCUCCUGCCGAGAAAGACACUGCUAUGGGGAGGUCUGUCGUUAAAGCUGGUGUCAUCCCUUUGUCCACAUCCACUUGUACACAAUGCUGCUUUCCCAAGAUACAAAGCUUAGCGCUGGAGGGUGGAAUGAAGGUCAGGACCUUUUGAAUAACCUUCCUGGCAUACCCAUGUAGCAGAAUAAGAUGCAGCACACUAGCCAUGCUAUGUUAUUUACUCACCUUUCCUUGAUAUUACCUCAAUCUUUAAUAAAGAAUUAAAGAAAAAAUUGUUGCUUAUUUCCAUGUAGGAGCAACUGUAAAUCAGACUUUCCACAUUCCUGCUUAUAUCUUUAUUGACAUGUAAUGGACUUUGAUCAUUACUCAGUUGCUGUGCAUUUAUAUUUAAAAUACUACUGUUUAUGAGUAAAAGAAACAUUUGAAAAUGGUAACUAUAUGUUCUGCUAACUUUUGUCUAACUAAA